UGUCAGAAACGCGCAGCUCAGAUACACACUGGGCAGCGCGUAGUCCACUUCGCAACCUUCCGGCAGACCAUGUCCACAGGAGGUGCCAUGGAGAACAGCACGGGCACAGGGUCGGCGGAAGAUUUCUUCAGGCGAGACCCGCGUACCGCCGACUGGGCUCUAGUGGGCAGCAAGCAGUUCAUCGUUUUUCUAAUUGUCGCUUAUGUCUACAUCGUCAAGAUCGGCGGACCUCGGUUCAUGAAGGGCCGCAAACCGUACGACAACAUCAAGCCCCUGAUCGUGCUCUACAACGCUGCUAUGGUGCUCCUCAACUGCUACUUCGUCGGUGCUUUCUUCGCGAGGACCUACUGGACAGGCAGGUACAGCCUCUUCUGCCAGGGCAUUGACUUUCAGGCACGGGACCCGCUGACGAUGAGCAUGCUGUCUCACGUGUGGUGGUACGUGAUGGUGAGGAUCGCCGACUUCCUGGACACGAUAUUCUUCGUUCUGCGCAAGAAAGACUCGCACAUAUCGUUCCUGCACGUCGUCCACCACAUCUUGGUCGUCUUCAACGGCUGGUACGGCCUUGCCUACGGAGCCGAUGGCCACUCUGCUUUCGGCAUCAUCUUCAACAGCUUCGUGCACGUGGUCAUGUACUCCUACUACUUCUUGUCUCUGUUGGGACCUUCGGUGCAGAAGUACCUGUGGUGGAAGCGCUACCUCACCCAGUUCCAGCUGGCUCAGUUUGUAAUCAUGUUCUUCCACAUGACCAUACCGCUGUUCGUGAAAUGCGGCUACCCCCUGGCGCACAUAUUCAUCACGUUGCCGCAGGGCGUCUUCUUCUUCACAAUGUUCAUGAACUUCUACAUUAAGAGUUACUGUAAUCGAAGGAGGGGGCAUCAGCCUCGCGACGAGAUCAAAAGCAAAGAUCAGUAAC